CCCAGCCGGAGGUGGAAGAUGGCGGAGCCGGGGCCGGAUUGCAGCUCUCUGCUCGACGAGGAUCUCUCCUCCUUCGUCUUCAGUUACCUAGCUGACAGCCAGUAUGAGGUGUCUGGCGAGGAGCACCUCUACUCCGACUUCCCCGAGAUCGAUCUGUCCCAGCUGGACGCCGGCGACCUGGACUCUGCCGGCUGCUUCAGCGAGCUGCAGUGGGGCGGGGAGCACUCGGAGACCGACUCCAGCCAGUACAGCACCGACGACUCCGAGCUCUUCCAGAUAAUAGACAGCGAGAACGAAGCGCUGCUGGCAGCCCUCACCGAGACUUUGGAUGAUAUACAGGGAGAUGACAUGGGCCUGGCUGCCUUCCGAACUAUGGAAGAGGGGGACACGCUCAACCCUGCCACCACCUCACCUGCCCCCUCCCCCAAACCCACCGCCCCGGUCACGGGGGGGCCGCCCCCGGCCCCCGAGUGUGAUGAGCUGUCUCUACUGAAGAAGCUGCUCCUCUCUCCGUCGCCUCCGAGCUGCGAGGCCCAGCGGGACGGGAGCGCCCGGCGCCCGGGGACCCCAAAAUCCCGUCCCCCACGGCCCUGCACAAAGGUGGAGGGUCCCCGGGACAGGAGGGCGAGCGUCCCGCAGGCACAGAGCCGCAGCUGCACGGAGCUGCACCGGCACCUCACCUCCAGCACCUCCUGCUCCCAGACCAAAUCCCCCCAGGCACCCGAGGAGUGCCCCGGCAGCGGCCACCACCCGUCCCCGGGCGGCUGCGCCCACCACGAGGACGACAGCGACUCCAGCGAGGACUCGCUGAGCUCCGGCGACUCGGUGGCCGCCCUGUCCUCGGCGGAGGAUGGCACGGGCAGCCAGUUCUCCUGCGAGGGGGAGCUGCACUCGGUGGUGGAGCUGAUCCGCUACAUGCACACCUACUGCCUGCCCCCUCGCAAGCUGCCCGCCCGCGACCCCGCCGACAGCAGGCCCCAGCCCUGCAGCAGCCCCUUCAAGAGAGCCAAACCGGACUGUGCCCCCGCGCCGGGCAGCGCCCAGAGCCGGCCGGGCUGCGCCUGGCAGGCAGCUGGCAGCAGCUGCAAGAAGCCCGGAGCGUCCUUCUCCAUCCUGAAGGAGCUGCUGGCGCGGGACCUGCUGUGCGAUGUGAGCAAGCCAUACCGCCUGGGCAAGCCCGUGUACGCCGCCCUGGCGCGGCCGCCCGGCUCCUGCUCCCCCGUGCCGCCCGAUGGGGAGGAUGCCAGCGGGACUUGCACAUCCAGAGUGAGAGCAGCGGCAGCGGAGAGGGGCGAGCCCCGGCAGAGCCCCGAGGCGGAGGCGCCGCGGGAGCUGGGCGGCCUUGAGGACGAUGCUGGGAGGCAGGAGGGCGCCGCGGGCGCGGGGAAGGCGGCCCGCAAGCAGGACAGCGCUGUUCACGCCGUGCGCCGCUCCAAGAGACUCAACCCCGAGCUCGGGCACUGGCUCUCCUUCCUUGAGGAGCCCCACGCCGAGCCCUCCGUGCCCCUGGGCUGCAGGGAGGCCGCGCCGUGCCCGGUGCUGGAGGGCUUCUCUGCCGAAGAGCCGGCGGCCGAAGUGGAGGUGGGGGGCACAGCCCCGUCGGCGGAGCCCCAGCCCCUCUGCCUGGGCUCCCUGGGGGAUGGCGAGGUGGCCACCGAGAGCCGGCGCUGUGCCCUCCCGGAGCAAACAGAAACACCCAGGUGUCUCACGCUGUCCUUGGCACAAACUGACCCAACCUUUGGGAAGAGAAACUUUGAGCCAAUGCUGACCGUGGAGCUGUGUGGGACAGCAGGUCUCACACCGCCCACCACUCCGCCAUAUAAACCCGCCGAGGAGGACCUGUACAAGCCAGACAUCCCCCAGGAGGCAGGGAAGGAGGAGGGGAUGGCCCCCAGCCCGGGGGGCGCCGGGGACGCGGCAGCCUCACGGAAAGCCCCCAGGAAGCACCCGGAGAGGACGGAGCUGUUCGCCCACCUGAGCCGGGCGCGCCCGCUCCCCGAGCAGCAGGGCUUGCUCAAGCGGCCCUUCUCCCGCUCCUUCGGGGACCACGACUACUGCCAGGUGCUGAAACCCGAGCCUGCCCUGCAGAGGAAGGUGCUCAAGUCCUGGGAGCCCCCGAGCCAGGUGGAGACCGAGCACAAGAGGAGGGUCCCGGCCGCCCACUACCAGGGGCUGGAGCUCGGCAAGGACACGGGCACCGAGAUGCUCUGGAAGGACAAGGACGGCGUCAAGCAGCUGAGAGACCAGGAGAUCAGAGCCAGCUUAACAAAGCACUUUGGCUUUCUGGACAGUGCCCUCGACGACGAGGACAUGGUCUUCUGCAAGACCCCCGAGUACGACACCGUCUUUGAGGACAGCUGCAGUGAGAGCGGCUCCCCCGUGGAGGAGGAUGAGGAUGAGGAGGAGGAGGAAGAGGAGGAGCAUGGCGACACCAAGCUGUGCCUGAGGAGAAGCGCCCUUUCCAGGACCAGUUUGCAUUACUGCUCCCGGAGCAGGUCCAGCUCGGGCUCCUCGUGCUGCCGGUCGCGGUCACCUGCCAGCAGACGCACCUUCAGGUGUGAGAACGGCGAGCAGUGUCAGGGCGGGAGCGGGCAGCGGGGCCAGCUGAAGAAGAGACGGGAAAAGGCCAUCGGGGAAGGCCGGGUGGUGUACAUCAGAAACCUCUCCAGCAGCAUGAGCUCCAGCGAGCUGAAGAAACGCUUCGAGGUGUUUGGUGAAAUCGUGGAAUGUCAGGUCCUGACCAGGACUAACAGGGGGGAGAAGUACGGCUUCAUCACGUACCGGUAUUCCGAGCACGCCGCCUUAUCGCUGAAGAACGGCCCCUCGCUAAGGAAGAGGAACGAGCCCUCCUUCCAGCUCAGCUCUGGUGGCCUGGGGCGCUUCUUCUGGACCAGAUACGCUGACCUGGAUUGCAGCACGGACGAGUCCUCCCCAGCUCCGGUGAAAAGCAAGUACGAGACCAUGGAUUUCGACAGCUUGCUGCAGGAGGCCCAGCUCAGCCUGCAUCGGUAACAGCCUUAACCUUGGAGGAAUACCUCAAUACCUCAGUCAAGGCACUUCCAAUAUGUUUACGUUUUCAAAGAAAUUAUUCAGUCUAUGGCAAGAGAGAGAGCGAGAGAGAGCGAGAGCACGCCCGCGAGAGAGAGACUGCUGUCCCCUGAUCGAUGUUUACAUUGAACAAAGCUGCUUCUGUCUGUGAGUCCCCAUGGUGUUGAUGUCUCACUGCCACACGUUAGUCCCCCCUCUGCUUCUGACUGGUUGUUUUAGGGUGAGCCUAGGAGCCCCCCGGCCCCCCUUCCCCUCCCAGCCCUCCCCAUGCUCCCGCCGUGGAGUUGCAGCUGUGUUCACCAUAACAUUUUUUUGUCCGUAGUGUGUGAUGAUGAAAUUGUUCAUUGUGAAUAGAAUCAGGAUUAUAAACUAAUUUUUAAUAGAAGAAGAGAAGAAAAAAAAAAAGUAUAUACUUAAAAAAAAUGUAUUUAUGGCUCAGAUGUACUGUAAUUCAGAUUUAUUGUACCGCUUCCUUGAUUUUUAACUAUGCACUGUAAUGAGGCACUUGCCACUCAGCAAAUGGGGGGUCAGAGCAGUCACAGAGCUGACAUUCCCCUGCCUCCCCUGCUGGCAAACCGGGGUGCUUGGUGCUUGCCCCGGGGUCACCCACUCUGCUGUCAAAGCCAUUCUUCGUGCUGGCGUGGCCCGAGCCCCCCCAGCAUCACCCCCAUGCUGAGCUGGGUCCUGGUGGGUGAUGGAUGCAGCUUUGCAAGCUGCAGAGGGUGGGAGAGGGAUGCAUUGCCUGCAGCCAGCACUGCUCCAGCCUCCGCUGCCUUUGGAGCCAGGAGAGAGGGGCUGGGGGGCUGCAGCCAGCUGGGCACAUGGGUCCUGCUGGCACAGCCUGGGGGAUGGAUGUCUCCGGUCCGUGUGGAGGAGCUGGCUCCUCUCCAGCUCCUUGGAUGGCCGGGAGACUGGCCAGGCCCUGUGGCUUGAUCCACACUGGCUUCCACACCCUGCAAAGCAAGCGGGGCGAGAAGACCUGUCCGUGCUUCCCACUGGGCAGCCCGCCCAAAAUGCAGCCCAAAGCCCAGCCCCAAAUGCAGCCCAAAGCCCAGCC